AGUGAUGCCGUUUGUGUGCUCGACCCGCGUACUUCAACAGUUUGGAGAAUCAUAGAAGAUCCGCACUUACGCUUCGCGGAUUUCGACGUUCAUCCGAGCUCCUCUCAUUUGGUGAUUGCCAUUCAAGAGAACCAAAAGAGGCCGAAAUUGGACCACCCCAAACAUUCCUUGGCUCUGAUUGAUACACGUGAGAAGAGGGUGAUCAGUCUAGAUGAAUCAGAAGAUUUCUACUCACAGAUGCGAUUCUCUCCUGAUGGGCACCAUAUCAGUUGGCUAUCCUGGAAUUAUCCUCGCAUGCCUUUUACGGGGGGUGUGCUAUACAAGGCGAGCUUUGACGGCGACAAAAUAACCCAAAAGACACGGAUUGCGGGAGAGCCGGGAACCAGAGGAAUAAGUCAGCCUCGAUGGAGCAGUGAUGGUACACUGUAUUAUCUCGAUGACAUUUCUGGAUUCUGGCAACUGUGGGCAGUUGACUCUGCACACCACCAGCCUUCUCCUAUUGACAUUCGUGGGCUAGAAGAUUGCGAUCUCGGGAACGCCGAGUUCAGUCUGGGCAGCUGUUCCUAUCAAUUUCUUGGAAAAGAUGUGAUGGUAUGCGCAACUACAAAACACGCCGUGAGCCAAGUGGUUCUGAUUGAUCUCGAGUCAAAGACUGCCAAACGGAUAGAACUGCCUCUGGUGCAUGUCAUUCCUGAUGGAGUCCGCCGUGUGAACGACCACCAAUUCGUUUUGGUCGGAAGCACACCUUCGGCUCCAACGUCCGUGUUCUUAGUGAGCAUUGAGCAAGAAGGCUUUCACUGGAAGCAGGUUCAAUCUUUGCCGACUAUGAACUUGCCAGCUGGCCUUAUAUCUGAGUCCCAGUCAAUAUCGUUUCCUCGUACCUACGGGCCAGAUCAGAGUGGGCUCGUCCACGGAUUCCUCCUUCUCCCUCGCAACCCAGCAUACAAGGCGCCCCUGGAUGAAAAGCCACCUCUUCUAGUGUGGGCACAUGGCGGACCAACGAAUCAUUUUAAUCCAGGAUUCUCUUUGCAGCAACAAUACUGGACCAGCCGUGGCUACGUGAUCCUGCUUCUAAAUUACGCCGGUUCCACCGGUUAUGGACGAAAUUAUCGACGACUUUUGGACGGGCAUUGGGGAGUAAGAGACUCUGCUGAUGCAGCUAGUGCAGCUAGCUACCUGGCCACGCUGAACUUGAUCAAUCCCAAAAGAAUUGGUAUCGUGGGACCGAGCGCGGGAGGCUACCUUGUACUAAAAACUGUCUGCGACUUUCCUCGUCUAUGGGCCGCCGGAGUUUCGGUGUUCGGGAUUUCAGACACAAAGCGAUUCGCCGAGUCGACUCACAAGUUUGAAAGCGGUUAUGCAGAACAAUUGCUCCCGGUGAAGCUUUCUGAUCCCGACGAAGAGCACGAACUUGUGCAUCAUGACCGAAGCCCUGUGGCUCAUGUGGACUGCAUUGACGCACCGAUACUUCUACUGCAGGGAACAGAGGACCGAGUAGUAGUACCGGAGCAAUCUAUAAUUAUGCAUGAAGCUUUGAAACAACACGACAAAGUAUCAGAGCUUUUGCUCGUAGAGGGAGAAGGGCAUAGCUACUGGGCAGGGCAGGCAUUGAGACACAGCGUUACAACUCAAGAAAGAUGGUGGAGAAAAUACCUGCUCGGUGUUGAGCACAAUCCCUAA